AUGGGGCAAAUGAAAAAGCUGGGAGCCGUGGCACCGCUGAAGAAACGGAGCUACAAGGAGCGGAUAGCGGCUAGUUCAGCCAAACUCGCCGAGAUAUGGAAAGAAUUCGAGGAUUCCGAGCGCGUGUUGGAAGCCUUUUCCCGAAGUCAGGGCUACACGUGCCCGAUCGGGCCAUUCGAGGGAGCGCUCCCUCCAUUUCCUGCGCCGGGGGCCCCUGUGGUGGAUGUGGAAGCUUCACUCUCCGAAUUAGAGACGGCAGUCGCCGAAGCGCAGAGGGCGUAUAAGCACACUAGCCAGAGGCUGGAAUUAGUGUGCCGCAGCUACGGCUUACCAAGCCCAUUUGGCCCCUCCUCCAGGCCUUAG